CUACGCCUCUGCUCAAUGAAAUGGUGUCACAUAAAGCUGUGCGAAUUAUGUGGUGUACAGAAAUAUUUAAUUUGCCUGUAAAUAGUUACAGACUAUGUCUACAACACUAAACUUUUUUAUAUCAUGGAGAAAAAACUGAGAAAAUUAUGUCGAGUAUGUAUCAAAGAAGUGAGUGAAAAUAUAAAUUUGUUUGAUACAAAAAUACACAACAGCGACACUUUCAUUGUAGACUUUUUACGUCAAAUUACGAAUUUGGAGAUAAUUGAAACGGAUGGAUUAACUGAUUCUUUAUGUACAGAUUGUUUCCAAAAGUUGUGUACAGCACACGAUUUAAUUCAAACCUGUGUCACUUCUGAUACAAUACUACGAAAUGUUGCCAAAGAUGAAUGUGAAGAAAGCGUAAUCCUAGAAACAAACUGUGAUUCAAAUGAAGGUGACCAUGUGGAUUCUUUAAAAUGUGAAGAGAAUGCUGAUGAGCAUGAUGAACAAAGCAUUAGUACAUCGAAAUGUGUGAAGUACACAUGUAGCAUAUGUCAUGUGUCGUUCAAUAACAAAGCAAAAUUUACAAAACACAGGAAAAUUCACAAUGACAAUAACCCUUUCAAGUGUCAUGAGUGUUCACAGACUUUUCCAAAGAAGUUACAUUUAAAUGUGCAUCUCAGAUCGCAUAUUAAAAAUGAAGACAAGAAGUUCAGCUGUGGAAGUUGCAAUAAACAAUUCAUGUAUGAGUAUUUAUUGAAGCAGCAUGAGUACAAACACACAGACGAAAAGCCUUAUCCUUGUAAAUUUUGUACUAAAGGGUGCCUUACUGCUGAAAGUCUGAGACGUCAUAUGAAAAUUCAUGAUAAGAAUUACGUAAAAAAGAAGCACGCCUGUCAGAUUUGCUUUAAAGAGUUUGCUUAUCCCAGUUUUUUGGCAGAGCACAUGAAAAAUCACACUGGAGAGAAACCACACUUGUGUUCAAUAUGCGGAAAAGGUUUUCGUCAAAGUGGUGCGUUACACUAUCACCAAAGAGUACAUACAGGUUAUAAACCUUUUAUAUGUAAAGUUUGUAACGGAAGUUUUAUGUCUCAGAGUGUUUUAAAGGUGCAUAUGAGAAAACACACAAAUGAAAGACCCUAUGUUUGCCACAUUUGUGGAGUUGCGUUUAGACAAUCAACAGAUUUGAAGAGUCAUCAGAGGACACAUACUGGUGAUAAACCCGUUCUAUGUACAAUAUGUGGCAAACGCAUGUCUACUACAGGUCAACUGACUAUUCAUAUUAGAUCUCACACUGGAGAAAAACCAUUCGUUUGUUCACGCUGCUCCAAAGCCUUCACUACUAAAACUAUGUUGGUAAAACACGAACGAAUACAUACUGGCGAGCGCCCUUAUGUCUGUGACAUUUGUGGAAAGACCUUUAAUCAGAGCAGUACUUUAAGAACGCAUCGAAAUACUCAUCAGACGAAUCGAAAAAGAAGAAAAGUUGAAAAACACAAAGAACCUCUAAGUACAAACGAAAUAAUUAUAGAAAAAGCGUACGAUACUGAGAAUUGCGUUUUGUAUAAAAAUGAGAUUGUGAAUUUGGGGACCGAAAUCGUCGCUCAAGAGUUUAUGGGUAACAGUGUUCAAGACAUUGAAGUAAAGAGCACUGACGGAAAAACACAGUUUACAGUGAUUUUGCCGGCUCCUACACCUCUUCUUCACAAUCUUUAAUAUACUUUGAAGGUAUUACAGUAAUAAAAUACCCAUGUAAGUUAUUAUUUUAAUAAAAAAAGCCUUUUAAAAAGGUCAGAACAACCA